GCCUCGGUGCCGGUAAACUCGCGUAUAUAAACAAAUGGUUUUUCAAGAAUGGACUUAAUUACGCACAGAAAGUGGAUCGAUUCGUUCAAGAGCGAAAAUGAAUGGAUUGUUGAAAGUGAUAGUGUUGGUCAUCGUCGUGUCGGCUGUCUCCUGCCAGGACUUUAGUGAAGAACAACGGAAAAAGAUAAUCGAAAACCGUCAGAAAUGCAUCGAAGAGACCAAAGUGAAGCCUGAACUGAUCGAAAAGGCGGACCAGGGAGAGUUCACAGACGACGCCGCCCUCAAAUGCUUCACCAAAUGCUUCUACCAAAAGGCAGGCUUCGUUAACGACGACGGCGAAGUCCAAAUCGACGUUGUCAAGGCCAAACUGCCCCCCGAAGCGGACAAAGAAAAGGCUCUGGCCAUCGUGGAGGACUGCAAGAUUAAAGGAAAAGAUGCCUGCGAGACCGUUUACCUCAUCCACAAGUGCUAUUUCGAACACACCCAUCCUGACCUGAACAAGAAAGAGGGAGAUGAAAAGAAUGAAAAGAGUGAAAAGAGUGAAAAGAGUGAAAAGAGUGAAAAGAAGGAGGAGAAGAAGGAAUAAGAAGAUUAUUUGUAUUUUUGAUAAUUUAAAUAAUUUAUUGUGAUUUUAGCUGGUAGAGAUUAAAUAGUUUAUUUU